AUGAACCUGGUGCUCGCAAGAUGUAUACUUUGGAUUGGCUUCCACCAUUGCCUCCUGGCUGAUUCCGCUCAACAGCAUCCGGCCAGGCCUCCAAGCCUCCAGUUCUCCUCCGCUCAGGCCAAGAAAUUCUCCGUGCCUCGAAAACUACCCCAAAUGGACUUUGAAAUUGAUCCCAGCUAUGCUGGUCUCAUAGAUGUUUCCAACGGCCCGCACGAGGAAGCCAAGAUCUUCUUUUGGUUCAUACCGGCGCACAGUGCUCUGGGUGCCAAUGAAUUGACACUUUGGAGCAACGGCGGCCCUGGAUGCAGUUCAAUGAUAGGAGCUUUGCAGGAAAAUGGUCCGAUCAUGUGGGACCCAGGUAGGACCGAAGCAAUCAAAAAUCCAUAUUCGUGGCACACACGCUCUAGCAUGCUUUACGUUGAUCAUCCUGUUGGGGUGGGCUACAGUGUGGGCAAUGUAGUGAUCGACAAUGAGUACCAAGUAGCCGAUUAUCUGUGUCGGUUUCUUGAGGCCUGGCUCAAGGUUUUUCCAGAAAUGGCUCAUAAAAACUUUUACCUGGCCGGAGAAUCGUACGCGGGAAGGUAUUUGUCAUACACUGCCGCCACCAUCCAUGCCAAAAAGCACCAGCUCCCACUAUCGCUGCAAGGUCUUCUGUUAAUUGACGCCGCCUUCUCUGACACCCUUCUGCAAGAACAGGUGCCGCUGUAUACUUUUGUUGAGAAACACAAAGGCACUUUCAAAUUCGACGAGAAAUUCAUGAAAAAGUUGAACGAAACCGACAAAAGCUGCGGAUACUCCCAAUAUCUUCAAAAGCAUUUGGUCUAUCCUCCGCGUCGGUUAUUGCCUGACCUAACACUCGCAACUUCCGGUAACAACCCCAAGCUGGUCAAGCCGCAAUGUAACAUAGUGACGAUGAUGAACCAGCACCUUCCGAUUGGAUUCCAAACCUAUAACAUCUUGUGGCAGAAAACUUUCGACUACGCCUUAGAUACAUUCCUGACAUAUUUCGAUAUGCUGGAUGUGCAAGAGGCGUUCAACAUUGAUGGGGAAAGGAAAUGGCAUGCAUGUCUUGAGAACAGCAAAACGCUUUUCCCCCAGGGCGACCAAUCUCCGCCCCCAGCAUAUACGGUCCUACCGGGCGUGAUCAAUAAUAACAAGAGGACUGUCUUGGCGCAGGGAACAUUGGACGCCCUUCUCUUUAUGGAUGGUGCCAAACUUGCUAUCCAAAAUCUAACCUGGAAUGGGGGCUUAGGGUUCCAAAAGCCUAUCGACCAGACUUUUUCGGUUGGGGGUAAGAUGAUGGGUCGAUACAACUCUGAGCGUGGGUUGACAUACAUCGAGGUAAACGACGCCGGUCAUAAGUUACCCCAUGACAAACCAGAAGCAGCUCUACAAAUCUUAGACUUUCUCUUGGGCCACCAGAAGACUCCUUCCUCUUAG